AUGUGCGAACCUUCCGAUAAGAACAACCUCACUCGAGAAGAAUCCACAAAUCAAAGGUUUCCAGAGAAGAACAGUCAGAUUGGACAGAAGCAACUGCAACAGAUAGAGCGGCAGCUAAAAUGCUUGGCAUUUCAAAACCCUGGACCCCAGGUGGCAGAUUUUAACCCCGAGACAAGGCAGCAGAAGAAGAAAGCAAGGAUGUCAAAAAUGAAUGAAUAUUUUUCUGGGAAGUACAAAGUGAUGAAGAAGUAUGACAAAAGUGGCAAGCUAAUCUGUAAUGACAUGGACCUGUGUGACUGCCUGGAGAAGAACUGCCUGGGCUGCUUCUACCCUUGCCCCAAGUGCAACUCCAACAAGUGUGGGCCCGAGUGCCGGUGCAACCGCCGCUGGGUUUAUGAUGCCAUUGUCACUGAGUCUGGAGAGGUCAUCAGCACCUUGCCAUUUAGUGUCCCCGACUAG